UUUAACUGUUUACCGGAGUUCCUCACUCCCUACCACCUGCCAAACCUAAUCUUUUAUAUACAGGUACAUAAUUAUCCAUUUCAUUACCAACACAUUAAAUCGGUCUAAGCAAACGUUUGGAUUCUUUCCCCUACGCUGAUCUUUCUCUUCUCUUCCAAAAUCCAGGCAAAGAGUACUUCAAUUGAGAGCGGAAACAUGGGUGGGGCAGGAGAGAGCAGUACUGGUGGGUGUGGAAGCGGAGAGGUGGGCCGAUUUGCAGUUCAUGUGAUUAGAGGGCGGUGGUUCUCGGUUUACGCCUCCUUCCUGAUCAUGGUGGGAGCCGGAGCAACUUAUCUUUUCGGAAUCUAUUCAAAAGAAAUAAAGUCUUCCAUGGGGUACGACCAGUCUACCUUAAAUCUCAUAGGAUUCUUCAAAGAUCUGGGUGCAAACGUGGGUGUCCCGGCAGGGCUUAUUGCUGAGGUAACGCCCACAUGGUUCGUCCUCUUGGUCGGCUCUGCACUGAAUUUUUCGGGCUUCUUCAUGAUAUGGCUGGCUGUGACGGGCCAAAUAGCCAAGCCAAAGGUUUGGCAGAUAUGUGCCUACAUCUGCGUUGGGGCCAAUUCUCAGAACUUUGCAAAUACAGGGGCCCUCGUCACCUCUGUCAAGAACUUCCCGGAGAGCCGGGGGGUCAUGUUAGGCCUCUUGAAGGGCUUUGUGGGGCUCAGUGGUGCCAUCAUGACUCAAAUAUACUUUGCUGUCUAUGGCAAUGAUUCAAAAUCUCUCAUUCUCCUCAUCGGAUGGUUCCCUGCGGCGAUAUCGGUAGUGUUUGUGUUCACAAUCCGAACCAUGAAGGUGGUUAGGCAGCCGAAUGAGCUCAGAGUAUUUUAUCAUUUCCUCUAUGUAUCGGUUGCACUGGCAGUGUUCCUCAUGGUUAUGACUAUUCUUGAGAAACGGUUUGCUUUCCCCCGUGCUGCCUAUGCCGGAAGCGUCACCGUCGUUUGUGCCUUGCUCUUUCUCCCUCUUGUCAUCGCCAUUAGACAAGAAUUUGCCCUCUGGAACCAGCAGAAACAGCAGGACGAUUCUCCCUCUGAGAUUACCAUCGAGAAGCCACAAGCAGUGGAAUCGAAACUGGUGGCAUUGCCUACAACCUCAUCACCAAAUCGAGAGGGCAAAUCCAAUUCCCCAUCAUGUUUCACUACCAUUUUCCAGAAACCACCUAGAGGAGAAGACUACACCAUCUUACAAGCCCUCCUAAGCAUUGACAUGUCCAUCCUGUUCCUUGCAACUCUGUUCGGAUUGGGGUCAAGUUUAACUGCCAUUGACAACUUGGGUCAAAUCGGAGAGUCCCUUGGCUACCCAACUAAAACCAUAAGCUCCUUUGUGUCACUGGUAAGCAUAUGGAACUUCUUUGGGAGAGUCUUCGCCGGCUUUCUCUCGGAAGCUCUAGUAGCAAAAUGGAAAUUCCCUCGGACCCUUAUGCUAUCCUUAGUCCUUCUCCUGCUAUGCGUUGGCCACCUCAUGAUCGCCUUCCCUAUCUCCGGCUCAGUCUACGUAGCAUCAGUGAUCCUAGGAUUCUCAUUCGGAGCCCAAUUGACUCUGCUUUUCACCAUCAUUUCCGAGCUCUUUGGCCUAAAGUACUACUCUACGUUGUUCAAUUGUGGACAACUUGCGUCUCCCCUUGGGACAUAUGUACUCAAUGUGAAGAUCACUGGAAUGCUUUACGAUAAUGAGGCCCUGAAGGAGCUGGCAAAAAAGGGUAUGACUAGAUCAUCUGUGAAUGAACUGACUUGCCUUGGGGUCCGAUGUUAUAGGAAAUCCUUCGUAAUUUUGGCUGCCGGCACCUUUUUUGGAGCCCUUGUUUCAUUGAUUUUGGUUAUUAGAACCCGACAGUUUUACAAAGGGGACAUAUACAAGAAGUUCAGAGAGGAAGUGAAGCCCUCCGAAACCGAUACGCCUUCGGCCCCCACUAUCGAUGGGCGAUGAAACCAGGACAAGUGUUCAAUUGGAAAGUACUUUUAUUAUUACUUCAGUUAGUUAUUCUACAAGCACUUUUCUUGUUUCCAAAAGUCGAAACUAUUGUCAAUUGUAUUUUAGAAAAUAUUAAAGCACCCAAACUUUACCUUUUA